AUGCAAGAGUCUAUUGAGUAUAAACAUGAUUGCGGCGAGGUGAAAGACUCCACGCCCUGGUCCGUGGCCCUGAGGGACAGCUCCGUCCUCUGGUCUCUCGUUGUGGAUCUGGGUCUGCUGGGUCUCUUCACUGCACAACACAGUGUCCUGGCCCGGUCCCCCGUCAAACAGGUGCUGCAGUCCGUGCUUGGAGUCCUGAACAGAACCGCGUACUGCUUCACGACUGCGCUCGCCCUGCAGGUCUUAAUGCGUUACUGGCAGCCCGUGACCGGUGCCCCCUGUUUGUGGUCGGUGCGUCACGCACCCUGGAGCAUCUGGUUCCCUCUGAUUUGCUUUUCGCUUCACUUCCUGUGCUGGGCGGUCAUCUGCAGCAGCCUCAUGAUCUUCGAUUAUCCUGAGCUAGUGGGCAUCAAGCAGGUGUACUACGGGUGUCUGAGUUUAGGGGACCCUUUAUCUGACCUGUCGCCGCCCGCUCAGCGCCUCCUGUCCCACUUCCGCCACCCGGUGUACCUGGAGCUGGUCGUCAUCCUGUGGCUCCUGCCGACCUUGUCCCUGGACAGGCUCCUGCUGGCGGGGGUCCUGUCCACCUACGUGGCCCUGGCGCACACUCUGGACAAACAGGAUUUGGCCUACCUCUGCGUGCGGUUUAAAAGCAAGGUGCAGCUCUUCUCCGGCGCCACAUCUGGCCAGAGCGACGUAAACAACGUGGAGGAGUGACGGGAGCGUGA